GGAGGAGAGGGAGGCGGAGAGGGAGGGGAAGGAAUGGGGCGGGGAGGAGAAGGGCGAGCGCCGCGCCGCCACUGCCGGCAACUUUGUGAGCGAGUUCAGUGCGUGCGCGAGCGAGAGAGCGGAAAGGAGAGCGCGCGGCGGACGCGCCCCGGACGCGCGGCGGCCCCAGGAGGCCGGGCGGAGCGGUGCUUGGUUCUGAGCCUUUCAGAGCCUGGACCCUUUCGGCUGGUGGUACUCUUGCAGUCUGGCUCCAUCAUGUCACUGAAUGCAGCGGAGUUGCACUGAAGCUCAGACCCAGAGCUGUGAUAAUAAGCUGGCGUUGCCCUGGCUGCCAGAUAGAUGUAACAUUCAGAGCACCUGGUUUGAGAUGUCAUGGCUUUAUAGAAGGUGAAAUUUCAAAUUUGAAUCUCGUGAAGUGCUGACUGUAACCUGAUUUCCAAGAUUUUUAUAAAGAGAAGACUCAAAAGAACUCUACUUUCAGGUUUGAGAGAUUACCUCAUGUUGGACUUCAAAAGCAAGACUGACUGCAAACUUUGAAGUGUGAUAAGAGAUUGCCCUGUUGCCACACGGAGACUUGCCAGGGCCAGUGCAGAAUAAGAACUUGCUGGAUCCUUCACAAGGAAGCCUGCUGGCGAAAGGUGGAAUGAGUAGAACAAGUCCGUGUUUUAACUACACACAAGUGCUUGUUGAGGUAGUGGCAGCCUGUCCUGGAAAGUCAUUAUAGUGUAACCUCAGGAUAAACACUAUUAGGGUGGAUGAUGCUGUUGUCUACGUAUCUGUGGCCAUGGCACAAGAACAUAAGAAAGCAUGGGAUCACGCCAGUCACAGAGUCCCAGUAAGACAAGUUCUGUUCAGUUUCUUCUGAAAGAAAGCCAUCUCCUGAAGUGAAGCGAAGGAGCUCUGUGGAUUACAGUGUUCUGAAGAUCUGGAUUUUCAGUCAUUUGAAAAUAAGGUGUCAUUUUUCCUUUUAAAUGAAAAAAAUCAGAUCUCAUGCCACUGUUAUAUUUUCUGGAAGCCGUUGUCCCAGAGGGAAGCGCAUGUUAAAGGAGCAGACGUGAUGGUCCUUUCUGCAGGGAUUUCAGUCUGAUCGCGUUGACAUCAUGACCAGCCUGAAGCGGUCACAGACGGAAAGGCCUGUGGCCACUGACAGGGCCUCCAUUGUCGGCUCAGACGGCGCCCCCAAAGUCCACACCGAUGACUUCUACAUGCGGCGCUUCCGGUCCCAAAAUGGCAGCUUAGGAUCAUCAGUCAUGGCUCCCGUGGGGCCUCCCCGGAGCGAAGGCUCGCAUCAUAUAACCUCGACCCCUGGAGUCCCAAAGAUGGGGGUCAGGGCAAGGAUUGCAGAUUGGCCCCCGCGAAAGGAAAACGUAAAAGAAUCGAGCCGUUCUAGCCAGGAAAUAGAAACCUCCAGUUGCCUUGAGAGCCUGUCCUCCAAAAGCAGUCCCGUGAGCCAGGGAAGCUCUGUGAGCCUCAACUCCAGUGACUCAGCCAUGCUGAAGAGCAUACAGAACACGCUGAAGAGCAAGGCGAGGCCGGCGGAGAGCAUGGACUCCCGAUUCCUGAUGCCUGAAGCCUACCCCAGCUCGCCUAGGAAAGCUCUUCGCAGAAUCCGGCAGCGGAGCAAUAGCGACAUUACCAUAAGUGAGCUUGACGUGGACAGCUUUGAUGAAUGUAUCUCACCCACAUACAAGAGUGGGCCAUCACUGCACAGGGAAUAUGGUAGCACAUCUUCAAUUGACAAGCAAGGGACAUCCGGAGACAGUUUUUUUGAUUUGUUAAAGGGCUACAAAGAUGACAAAUCUGACCGAGGUCCAACCCCGACCAAGCUCAGUGACUUUCUCAUCGCCGGUGGGGGCAAAGGUUCUGGCUUUUCUUUGGAUGUUAUAGACGGACCCAUCUCACAGAGAGAGAGCCUCAGGCUUUUUAAGGAAAGGGAAAAACCACUCAAGCGACGUUCUAAGUCUGAAACUGGAGACUCAUCCAUUUUUCGUAAGUUACGCAACGCCAAAGGUGAUGAACUUGGAAAGUCCUCCGACCUUGAGGACAACCGGUCAGAAGACUCCGUCAGGCCCUGGACGUGUCCAAAGUGCUUUGCCCACUAUGAUGUCCAGAGCAUACUGUUUGAUUUGAACGAGGCCAUUGUGAACAGGCACAACGUCAUUAAGAGGAGAAACACCACCACAGGAGCCUCGGCAGCCGCCGUGGCAUCCUUGGUCUCUGGGCCUUUGUCCCAUUCAGCCAGUUUUAGCUCCCCAAUGGGCAGCACCGAGGAUCUGAACUCCAAAGGAAGCCUCAGCAUGGACCAGGGGGAUGAUAAAAGCAAUGAACUUGUCAUGAGCUGUCCUUACUUUCGGAAUGAGAUAGGUGGUGAAGGGGAAAGGAAGAUCAGCCUGUCUAAGUCCAGUCCCAGCUCCUUCAGUGGGUGUGAAAGUGCCUUCGAGUCUGCCCUCAGCCCCCACUGCACAAACGCGGGAGUGGCAGUGCUUGAAGUGCCCAAGGAGAACCUACUGUUGCAUCUGGAUCGAGUGAAAAGGUACAUCGUGGAACACGUGGAUCUCGGCGCAUACUAUUACAGGAAAUUUUUCUACCAGAAGGAACACUGGAACUAUUUUGGGGCUGACGAGAAUCUUGGUCCAGUGGCUGUGAGCAUUCGAAGGGAGAAACCAGAGGAAAUGAAGGAAAACGGAUCUCCAUACAACUACCGAAUAAUUUUUAGAACUAGUGAGCUCAUGACCCUGAGAGGUUCUGUUCUGGAGGAUGCCGUCCCCUCAACAGCAAAGCACUCGACAGCCAGGGGGCUGCCCCUGAAGGAAGUGCUGGAGCACGUGAUUCCUGAGCUCAACGUGCAGUGCCUGCGCCUGGCCUUCAACACCCCCAAAGUCACGGAGCAGCUCAUGAAGCUGGACGAGCAAGGGCUGAACUAUCAGCAGAAAGUGGGCAUCAUGUACUGCAAAGCCGGACAGAGCACUGAGGAAGAGAUGUACAACAACGAAGCCGCCGGCCCAGCCUUUGAGGAAUUCCUUCAGCUGCUGGGAGAACGAGUUCGGCUCAAAGGAUUUGAGAAGUAUCGUGCACAGCUUGACACCAAAACUGACUCCACUGGAACCCAUUCUCUGUACACAACAUACAAAGACUAUGAGAUUAUGUUCCAUGUCUCUACCAUGCUGCCGUACACACCCAACAACAAGCAACAGCUCUUACGGAAGCGGCACAUUGGAAAUGAUAUCGUAACAAUAGUUUUCCAAGAGCCGGGAGCACAGCCAUUCAGCCCGAAGAACAUCCGAUCCCACUUUCAGCACGUCUUCGUCAUCGUCAGGGCUCAUAACCCCUGCACUGACAGCGUCUGUUACAGUGUGGCUGUCACCAGAUCCAGAGAUGUGCCUUCCUUUGGGCCUCCCAUCCCUAAAGGAGUCACCUUCCCUAAGUCAAAUGUGUUCAGGGACUUCCUCUUGGCCAAAGUGAUUAAUGCGGAAAAUGCUGCUCAUAAAUCAGAAAAAUUUCGAGCCAUGGCCACUCGGACACGUCAGGAAUACCUGAAAGAUCUGGCAGAAAAGAAUGUCACCAACACUCCUAUCGACCCUUCUGGCAAGUUCCCAUUCAUCUCUCUGGCCUCUAAGAAAAAAGAAAAGUCUAAGCCAUACCCAGGAGCUGAGCUCAGUAGUAUGGGAGCCAUCGUGUGGGCCGUCCGGGCCAAAGACUACAACACGGCCAUGGAAAUAGACUGCCUGCUAGGAAUCUCCAACGAGUUCAUCGUGCUCAUUGAGCAGGAGACCAAGAGCGUGGUUUUCAACUGUUCCUGCAGGGAUGUGAUAGGGUGGACGUCAGCGGACACCAGCCUCAGAAUCUUCUAUGAGCGGGGAGAAUGCAUCUCCGUAGAGAGCUUCAUGAACAGCGAGGAUAUCAAAGAGAUUGUCAAGAGGUUGCAGUUUGUUUCAAAAGGUUGCGAAUCCGUGGAGAUGACUCUGCGAAGAAAUGGGCUAGGACAGCUUGGCUUCCACGUCAACUACGAGGGCAUCGUGGCAGACGUGGAGCCCUACGGCUAUGCCUGGCAGGCAGGGCUGAGGCAGGGCAGCCGCCUGGUAGAGAUCUGCAAGGUAGCCGUGGCCACUCUGAGCCAUGAGCAAAUGAUCGAUCUCCUGAGAACCUCUGUCACGGUGAAGGUUGUCAUCAUCCCUCCCCACGAUGACUGCACCCCGCGGAGGAGCUGCUCUGAGACCUUCCGCAUGCCUGUGAUGGAGUACAAAGUGAAUGACGGUGUUUCCUACGAGUUCAAGUUCCCCUUCCGCAACAACAACAAAUGGCAGCGGGGUGCGGGCAAGGGGCCGCCUGCCCCGCAGGUCCCGGCACAGGUGCCGAGCCCCAUGGCGCCACGGCUGAAUGCUGGGAAGGGAGACGGCAAGAUGCCUCCUCCAGAAAGAGCCGCCAACAUUCCUCGGAGCAUCUCCAGUGACGGGCGCCCACUGGAGAGGCGGCUGUCUCCUGGUUCGGACAUCUAUGUGACGGUCUCAUCCAUGGCAUUAGCAAGAUCCCAGUGCCGUAACUCGCCCAGCAACCUGUCUUCAUCCAGUGAGACUGGCUCUGGUGGGGGCACUUACAGACAGAAAUCGAUGCCUGAAGGGUUUGGCGUCAGCCGCAGAUCCCCAGCCUCCAUUGACCGGCAGAAUACCCAGUCGGACAUCAGUGGUAGCGGGAAAUCCACACCUAGCUGGCAAAGAAGUGAGGACAGCAUUGUCGACCAGAUGGCUUACAGUUAUAGAGGACCUCAGGAUUUCAAUUCUUUUGUCCUCGAGCAGCAUGAAUACACAGAGCCCACGUGCCAUCUCCCGGCAGUGUCCAAGGUCCUGCCAGCUUUCCGAGAGAGCCCGAGUGGGAGAUUAAUGCGGCAGGAUCCAGUGGUUCAUUUGUCUCCAAACAAACAAGGGCAUUCGGACAGCCACUACUCGAGCCACUCCAGCAGCAACACCCUCUCCAGCAACGCGUCAAGUGCCCACAGCGAUGAGAAGUGGUACGACGGGGACCGCACGGAGUCCGAACUCAACAGCUACAACUACCUGCAAGGCACCUCCGCCGACAGUGGCAUCGACACCACUUCCUACGGCCCCAGCCAUGGCAGCACCGUCUCCCUGGGGGCUGCCACGUCGUCACCUCGCGCAGGGCCAGGCAAGGAGAAAGUGGCACCGCUGUGGCACAGCUCCAGUGAGGUAAUUUCCAUGGCAGAUCGGACGCUGGAGACAGAGAGCCCUGGCAUGGACCGGAAAACGGAGUCCUCGCUGAGCCUGGACAUCCACAGCAAGAGCCAGGCCGGCUCCAGCCCUCUGACCAGGGAGAACAGCACUUUCAGCAUCAACGAUGCCGCCUCCCACACCAGUACCAUGAGCUCCCGGCACUCUGCCAGCCCUGUCGUCUUCAGCAGUGCCAGAAGUUCCCCCAAGGAAGAGCUGCAUCCUGCCACCGCCCCCCAGCUCGCGCCCUCCUUCUCCUCAUCUUCCUCCUCCUCGUCCGGUCCCAGGACUUUCUACCCCCGCCAGGGCGCCACGAGCAAGUACUUGAUUGGAUGGAAAAAGCCCGAAGGAACCAUAAACUCCGUGGGAUUUAUGGACACAAGAAAGCGUCAUCAGAGUGACGGCAACGACAUGGCCCCCGCCAGGCUGCGGGCAUCCACCAGGGACCUCCGUGCAUCCCCCAAGCCACCCUCCAAGUCCACCAUCGAGGAGGACCUCAAGAAGCUGAUCGACCUGGAGAGCCCGACUGCUGACUCGCAGAAGAACUUCAAGUUCCACGCGCUGUCCUCCCCGCAGUCCCCCUUCCCCAGCACCCCCACCUCCAGGCGGGCGCUGCACAGGACGCUGUCGGAUGAGAGCAUUUACAGCAGCCAGCGGGAGCACUUCUUCACGUCGAGGGCCUCGCUGCUGGACCAGGCCCUGCCCAACGAUGUCCUCUUCAGCAGCACGUACCCCUCCCUCCCCAAGUCGCUCCCGCUGCGGAGGCCGUCCUACACCUUGGGAAUGAAGUCCCUGCACGGAGAGUUCUCGGCCUCAGACAGCUCCCUCACCGACAUCCAGGAGACUCGAAGGCAGCCCAUGCCGGACCCUGGCUUGAUGCCCCUGCCUGACACUGCUGCAGAUUUGGAUUGGUCUAACUUGGUAGAUGCCGCCAAAGCCUAUGAGGUCCAGAGAGCCUCGUUUUUUGCUGCUAGUGAUGAAAAUCAUCGUCCCCUGAGUGCUGCCUCCAACGGCGAUCAGCUCGAUGACCAGGCUCUGGCCCAGAUGAAGUCGUACGGCAGCAGCAAAGACUCCUCGCCUACCCUGGCCUCCAAGGUGGACCAGCUGGAAGGCAUGCUGAAGAUGCUGCGCGAGGACCUGAAGAAGGAGAAAGAAGACAAAGCCCAGCUGCAGGCAGAGGUGCAGCACCUGCGCGAGGACAACCUGAGGCUGCAGGAGGAGUCCCAGAGCGCCUCGGACAAGCUGAAGAAGUUCACAGAAUGGGUCUUCAACACCAUCGACAUGAGCUAGGGCAGGCCCGGGAGGCGAGGCAGGGCAAGCCCCUCAGAGCGCUGCCCCGCCCCUGCCUCGCCCCCUCCGGCCUGCACAACCAACCGCAGCAGAUCAGCAGUCCUCACCUGCCUUUUGUAGAAAAGAAAAAACAAAAAAAAUUUUAAAGAGUAAAAUAAAAGUUUAACUGCUAAAA